AUUGAUGGGGUAACUGGUAAGUCGUACACCUUCCGGCAAUUAAAAGACCUUGUUUAUCGAUGUGGAAGUGGGUUAACUAAAGCUGGAUUCCACCAAGGAGACGUGUGCGUUUUAUACCUACCAAACCUGCCAGAAUUUUUUGUUGCAUUUUAUGGCAUUGCAUCUAUUGGAGGAACCGUAUCCCCUGCAAAUCCAGUGUACACUGUUUAUGAACUAACUACUCAACUUAAACAUUCCGGUGCUCAAUGGAUGAUAACAACAUCUGAGUUGGCUGGUAAGGCCAGACAGGCAGCACAAAGGGUGUCUGGGAUUAAGGCUUUGUAUGUGAUUGGUGAUGAAUCCAUGGAAGGAUGUCGAUCUUUUGUCGCUGACUUAAUGGAGGAUGACGGAUCAGCGUUUCCUAUCAAUGUUCGAAUUAACCCAGCGGAAGAUGUCGUUGCUUUACCGUAUUCAAGCGGUACAACUGGUUUACCGAAAGGUGUGAUGUUGACACAUAGAAACAUGGUUUGCAAUCUCCAUCAGAUGAGAACCCCAGGCAUACUUGAUUUGUCAGUUGAUGAUGUUAUGCUAUGUGUUUUACCAUUCUAUCACUCCUAUGGAAUGGUUGCUGUUCUUGCCAAUGCAUUAAGUCAAGGAGCUAAACUAGUCACGAUGCCAAAAUUUGAACCUCAACAUUUCUUGCAACUCAUUGAAAAAUAUAAGAUAACACAAGGUCUGUUUGUUCCGCCAAUAAUUUUGUUUCUAAUAAAACACCCAAUGGUUGAUCAGUAUGAUCUGUCUAGUCUUGUAUAUAUAUUAAGUGCAGCGGCACCUCUCGGUCCCGAACAUAUCACUGAACUCAAGAAAAAACUAAAGAAUGAAAAUCUAAUUGUGAGACAAGGAUAUGGAUUGACUGAAACUAGUACUGCUUCAAACAUCUGUUCCCGGUAUGAAGAAUUUCAUCCUGGUUCCGUUGGACCAUUAUUACCAAACACACUUGGCAAGGUAGUUGAUCUUAAGACAGGAGAAAAUCUUGCAGCUGGUCAAGAUGGUGAAAUCUGCCUCCGUGGACCCCAGAUCAUGAAAGGCUAUCUAAAUAAUAUACAAGCAACAAACAUGACAGUAAAAGACGGAUGGUUAUAUACUGGUGAUAUUGGUCACUAUGACAACGAUGGUCACUUUUAUAUUGUUGGCCGAUUGAAAGAACUGAUCAAAUAUAAAGGCUUCCAGAUUGCACCAGCAGAAUUGGAAGCUCUGUUAUUGACUCAUCCUCAGAUUCAAGAUGUGGCUGUAAUCGGAAUACCUGAUGAUGAUGCUGGGGAACUUCCUAAAGCAUUUAUCGUACCAAAAACUGAUCAAAUUACAGUGAGAGAAGUAAUCAAAUUUGUAGAAGAAACCGUUUCUCCUCAUAAGCGUCUAAGAGGAGGUGUUCAAUUUGUUGAAGAAGUUCCCAAAUCAGCAAGUGGCAAGAUACUGAGAAGAGUCCUAAAAGAUGCCAUGAAAAACAUGAAGUAAUAUUUCAUAAAAUAUUUGGUUUAUGCAGGCUUUGGUUUACACAUUAUCAAGGUGCCAAUUGUAAGGGGUUAUUUACACACAAAAAACAUGGUGAUUGAAUCGAGUAGAAUUGACAGCGACAUUAUUCACAACCUUCAAUUGUGAGAUGAGUAGUAGUCAACUACACAUGUACCUGGUAUAUGAUGAAAUAAAACUGGUAUUUUUAAAUAUUUUUCAUUAAUUUGUAAAAGCUUACAACAAUUACAACAAAAAAUAUAUUAUUUAAAAUUAAUUAAACAAAAUAUCCUGGCAAUAUUUCACAAUGUAAGCCCCCUCCCCAAUGAUGCUAUUUUUUGUGGGGUUGAAUAAAGAGAAUUGUAAUCAAUAAA